AUGACGACUAAUAUCCGUUAUAUCGGGAACUAUGAUAUAAAUGCUCAAGGAAAAUUUCUUUGGGAGAUUCUUUGUCAGCUGAGAAAUCUGGGAGUGGGAAGAAUUGUUACUAAAAAUGAGUGGAUAAGAAAAUGGCCAGAUCAACCAUCAUAUUUGAAAAUUGUUCAAGCUCAUCCUGUAAUGGAUCGAUGGUUGCUCCAUGGAAAAGUUUGUGCUGACUGGACAUUCAGAGGAAUCAAGUUAGGGACUUACGAAUUCAGCACUGAUUUAGCGCGCGCAGAUUGGCGUUUAAUUUAUAAGCAUGAAGAAAAAAGAUUCAUGGAAUGUAGUGAGCCUAUGAAAGCAGUUGAAUAUCCGAAGUCUAUGCCUCUUCCUCCAUAUCUUAGAGCAGUUUGUGAAAAUGGUGAUGUAGUAAAGGUAGAAGAAAGACGGAUCGAUUUAAAUUUAUGCUUAGAUCCUCAAUUCGAGAUGAUCAGGCAUAUGUUUAAACAGGUUGAAACACGUCAUGGUAAUACAGUUUAUGAAGAAACAAGGCCAGAAGUGUGGUUAGAUUUGUAUGGCGAUGAGAUGCCAAUAAAAGUAGAAGCUUGGACUGUUGGUCCAGCGCAGUUACGACCUCACUUUGACAGUUCUGUGCCAACUUCUAAACCUCCAGAGUUGGAUCAUAUGUCUUUGCCUGAAUUGAAAUUUGAUGCUGAGGAUUCUGAUAGUAUAGAUAAUAACACUGAUAGUAUUCGAAAUUCAACCUAA